ACAGAGAGAGGAAACGCACUCACACACUCACACGCUCACACACAAUAACUCAAAACUGGGUGUGUUUUGAAAAAAAAAAGGAAAAAAAAGGAGAAAGGUUACACAUUGUUCCAGCUGACCAGACCGGACCUGCACAGGUCCAGUCAACUCCAGGAGGAGAAGAGAAAACCUGAAAGUGAACCUUUGACAGCGGUGACUGGGGGUGGCUGAGCGCUGGGGAAGGCCAUGCAGCGAGGAGCUGUAGGCGUGAUGCUCAGUGGGUGGCAGCUGUGAAGAAAGUGAAGAGAUGUUAUAGAAGCAUCUAGAGAGUCGUCACAUCACAGAUGGCGGAGUCACAGCAGCGUUCUGAAAGAGGCCUGAACACACGAAAGAAAAAGGUCACAACUGUAUCCAGAUGAACAGGGACGAUGAAGGGACUGGAGGACAAGCCCACACACAGUGGGAGCAGGACAAGCUCAGAUAACAAGAUAAACAAUGGGGACUCAUCAAUACAGAAAAGUCCCAUGAGUCUCCUGCAUGGACUGCGCUUGUGUCAGGAAGCCUGGGACCCGGGAAGCCCUUGGGACAAGCAUGGCGCUCACGCUGCGCUCUGGGGCAGGCCUGCAGGGAGUUUCCUGGUGGUCCCUGACUCCUCUUCCCAAAACAAAGUACUGUGCAUGUCCGUGGGGGGGCAAGGAGACCCCGUUCGAGACUUCCCCAUCCUUAACACAGGCUCAGCUCUGCACUUAGCUGCAUCUCACCUGGCCUUCUCUGACCUGCUGCAGCUGGUGGUCUUCUACACGUUGAGCAGGGACGUGUUGCCUUUAUGUUUGUCGGUCCCUUUAUGGGUGCGCAACGUGGCUAAACAGCCGAGCCAUCUCGUUUCACAGCUGGGUCCAAAGGCCUGGCUUUGCCCCUCAUCAGAUCUCCAGCCUGACACAAUGAGUCCAGGAACACCGGACACUCAGGAAACUGUAAUGUGCAGCAUACAGCUGACGACAGCAAAUGGGGCUCUCUGCAUCAUCAACCCCCUGUAUCUCCAAGAGCAUGGAGAUGACUGGCUCACCAACCCAUCAGGUGGCCAACAGCUCACUAAUCGCCCAAUCAACAGGCGAGACAGGCGACUAAGCACGACAAGACCCUGGGGAGGGGCAGGGAUUAAGAAGAGAGCCCUCUCGGUCGACGAGCCCACAGUCAGUAUCGACAGCUCAGCAGGGCUUCCAGUUAAUACCCCCAUCUCUCCGGUGACCUCGGGAGGCGUGGUUCUGCGCAGGUCAAGCUCUUCCACUAACCCGGAUCCUCAGAGGAGGGUGAGCACGGACUCUUUGGGCAGUCAGCCCCCUCAGUCCCCUCACCGCGUGUCCUGGGUGGAGGACAAGUUCUGGUUGGACCCCCCACCUCCCCCCACAUUACUCCACCCCCCAUGCCUGGAGCUGGACUCCCUGUCCAUCAGCAGCAUGGAGGAGGAGCCUGAGGCCGAGAACACUUCGAGCUCCUCCCAGUCACAUGCUUCGUCCCGCCUCCAGCUGGCAGACAAGGUGAAGAACCGCCUCUCAGCAGUGGGCCUGGCUCUGGGGGGCCUUGUGUCUCCGCAGCGGCGGCUGUACAAGCGUGUGCAGGAGAUGAGCGAGCGCAAAGAUGGACCCUUUGCUGAGGCUGUGAGGGUCUUCAUAGAGCAGACGCUGAGAGGCGGGAUGAUUUACGGUGUGAGCAGCACAGAGAUGCUGCAGGAAGUGCGCUCUUCUCUCACAGCCCUAAGGGAGGCGCUGUACGACUACACCGAAAUCCAGAGCAUCAUAGAAUGCCUGGGGGACACGCCCGAUUUUGAAAUAGAUGCCAUGUUAGAGCAUGCUCUGCAUAAAGCGGCCCUGAAGCCAGUGUGCUCCCAUCUGUAUGUGUGCAUAAAGUCGGCACGGCAGGAUGACAGCAGUCUGCAGCGCCUGCAGGAGAACCAGCGUACGCUGUCCAGCCGCAGCCUGGAGGAGCUGGAGGGCACGGCGGGGGCCGGGGUGCCGGACGCCGUCAUGCUGGAGAAGAUCCAGCAGCGCUGGGCCACAAUGCACCAGGACUACUCACCCACAAAGAAGGUGAACACUCUGCUCAAAGUCUGCAAGAACAUCUACCACAGCAUGAGCGCCAAUGCCAAGCACGGUGUGGUUUUCGGGGCUGAUGACUUCCUGCCGUGUCUGACCUGGGUGCUGCUGCGCAGCGAUGUUGUCACUCUGCAGAUCGACACAGACUACAUGAUGGAGCUGCUGGACCCUUCACAACUACAGGGGGAGGGUGGAUACUACCUGACGUCCCUCUACGCUGCUCUGUACUACAUCAGCAGUUUCCAGCCUCGGCUGGCGGCGCGCCAGCUCAGUGCAGAGGCCCACAAGUCCCUCAGCCAGUGGCACCGCAGACGCACUCUCCACUGUAACCAGUCUCGGCGCAGCAGGAACCGCCGGACCUUCAGAAGAAGCGUGCGUGCAGAAGAAGCAGAUGAGGACGCAAAGGACGCAGAAGGAAGCUCUUCCACAGAGAGAAGAGACUCAGGAGAUGGAGCUGAUAUUGAAUUAGCUCUGCCUUGUUACGUGACAGAGGCACUGCAGAAACUGAGUGAGGAUUUGGAGAUUGUUGGAGAGGAAGACGAAGAUGAUUAGAUGGAGUUCUUGGAAGAUUAAAGGGUUAAUAUCAGAGAACCCUGAAGUUGGGUAGCACACUGCAGACAGGCCUCCAAAAACCAACACCUGCUACCAUGUCAGUGUCAAUGAUGUGCUGAGAACGAUUCACCACCCAAAUAAUAUCUGGUUAGUGGUGGUCCUGUGGUGGUUGUCUUGCACUGAUGAGGGUAAAGGGGGUGCUUAUAAACUGUACAGUAACAGAUGAGCUACCCCCCACCAAUUCCUUGCACUGUUUGAACGUCUCUGCUCCUGAAGCACAUCUGAACCAAAAUUCCCAACUCGUGACUGGUUACUGACUCUCCUGUAUUACGGCUAUAAAAGUUUAAAGGGGAAUUCCUCCAGUUUUUCAGGUUUCUUUACAGUGGUGGUGAUAGGAACCAGGCGUCGCCAUGACUACAACACAGAUAUAGACAUUUUAUUUACCAUCCAGAACCACCAGUGAACCUACACGAGUCUUCUGAGCUUAUAUGGAAUGUUGAUGAUGGAAAAUAGUGGAAAAUCUGAAAUAAUAUGUUACCCCGGGCUCAAGGAGGACCUUGGACACAGGAUUCAGGUUUGCAGUAGCCAUGUUUCUUUAUUCUCCUAAAUAAAUAAAUAAAACAUUUCAUGUAGGAAGUUUCUGUGAGGAGUUUUAGAGGUGGACGUCUGGUUCCUAUCACCACCACUGUGAACAGUUCUGAC